CCUGCAAGCGUCCAUUCAUCAUCGACCCUGGCUGCAUGUUCCUCGCUCUCCGUUUCCUGUGAUAACCUCCCCUGCGCUCGCUUUUACUGAUUGCUAGUCUUGACUUUACUUUCCGCUGUUCUUGUUUUCUUCUUCGACUGUCUGCACUCGCUUGCAUCCGGACGGCUCCUAUCAGCAGCCAUGUUCCCCUCGUUGUCCGCCAGCAGUCUAGCCAUACUGUCGUUACCCGCCGUGCGCCUUGCCCUCGCCCAGUCCAUCUCCAUAUCGCUAGGGAACAGCCCGCCCGAUGGCGCCUCCGACUACCUCGACCCCUCGUAUGCUGGCUUCGGCAUUGAGCCCUCGAACCUCUUUUCCUUUACUGGCAAGGAGGAAACGAACCAAUUCUCCGUCAAGCUGCUACAGAAUCUCGCAGAUUACUCGGGCGCGCCGCCGCAUAUCCGGUUAGGAGGAAACACGCAGGACUACAUGGUGUUUGAGUCGAGCAACGAAAAAUAUGCCUGGAUUUCAAACGAAGACUCGACGGCACAGGGCGCCAUUGCCGCUGAUUCUAUGAUCAUUGGACCCAACUACUUCAAAGCGCUCGACCGCUUCCCCAAGGACACUCCCGUGACUUUCGGACUGAACAUGGCAUACAUGGACGACGACUACCAAGACAAGAUUGCUGCAUUGGCCCAGGCCGCCGUCGAUGGCAUGAACAACGUCAAACUAUACUCGUUUGAGGUUGGCAACGAGCCCGAUUUGUGGCUACAGAACUCUUUCCGCUCUGCGCCUUGGGAUGGACAGACAUACACAAGCCAAUGGUUAGACCGCUGCGAGGUCGUCUACGAGCGCGUGCUCAAGGCUGCUGGCCUACCGUCUUCCUUCUUCGAGUCUCCUGCGACCGCCUCCACCAUCGGAACCACGUUUGAGAUUGCGCAGCUCGUGGACGAUGGCAUUAUGGAGGGCAGGAACGGUGAUAACUUCCUGGCCACCUGGAACCAGCACGACUACUUCUACUUCAUCGGAGUUACCCCAACACCCCUCACCCUCGACGAUCUCAUGGAUCUCGAUGCUACUAACACACAAUUCAAAUACUGGGAGAAGCAGGUCGGAAUUGCCCUCAACACAAAGCACCCCUACGUCUUGCGUGAGAUGAGCUCCGUUGGUCCCAUAGGCAUGCCCGGUGUGAGUGACGCUUUUGGUGCUUCUCUCUGGACCCUCAACUUCUUCCUCUAUGCAGCAUCCAUCGGCAUCUCCUCGGUCCAGAUGCACAUGACCGAUAACUCCAAUGCCAGUGCCUGGGCACCUAUCCCUAUCUAUGGCCGUCAGAACACAUUCGUACGACCACAGUACUAUGCCCAUGCUGCCGUCGCGCAGAUUGUUGGCAACGGCAACGGAACCACACAGAUUGCUGCUCUUUCUACAAGCAACGUAGGUGCCGCGUACGACGGCCGCAUCCGUGCAUACGCAGCGUACGCAAACGACAAGCUUCAAGCUGUCACCAUGAUCAACGCAAAGCAAGUGAAUGCCUCUUCAUCGGACAAGGGCAGCUUCACCUUCAACCUCAACCUCGGCUCUGCAAACGCCAAUAAAGAAGUAUACGUCUCUUACCUUACAGCUCCCGGCGCAGACUCACAGACAGGCGUCACAUGGAACGGCAUGAGCUACGACGACACCACUGGCGCGUCAUCCGUUGCUGAGAACACAGUCACAACUACAACAGCCGAUGGCAACGGUAGAAUCUCUGUCCCUGUCCGGGACAGCCAAGCUGUGGUAGCCAACAUUGGCUUCCAACUAGGCACUACCGCCGUCCUCAAGCCAGACGGCACACAGUCGAAGAAGAGUAAUGCCGCUUCGACCCCGAUCGGUGGUGCCAACUAUGCCAUCUUGAGUGGUGUGUUGGCUAUGAUGGCGGCGUUUAUCACCGCGUAAUGGCAGGUGUAGCGAAACACAUUUUCCUUUGUCAAACAACACAAGCAUCAUGGAAUUGCAUAUGCAUUAUGACGGCGUUCUUUCUGCGAUAGAAGGCUUUUCAUCCGCAUCACUCAUGGUCAGGAUUUUUCCGCCUCAUUGCUUCAUUCGGAAUUGGAUUUGUAGGUCAGGAUUGGGAACCAUUAAUGACAUGCGACACAGGAGAAUUUCUCACUUACGUCUUCUUUUUUGUUUGGAACAGGAUAGGACAGGCGCGAUGACGGCGCCUAGGAGUGUAUAUACACGGUUUUACAUUGCGUCAAAGAAGUACAUAUUGUACCCGGUAUCUAGAUUUCAAAUCUCUAGGAAGCAAAUAUAUGCUUGAAACUUUUC